AGAAUGCGCCCUGCACGCGCUCACCGUCAAUUGGAGUUGGAAAAAUGGUGGCCAGCGUAAGAGUGCAAAAGCUUGUCCGACGUUAUAAACUAGCCAUUGCCGCCGCAUUAACUAUCCUCCUGAUCCAAGGGCUUGUGGUAUGGAGUCUGAGAAGUCUAGAGGAAGGCGAGGCAGAGAGAAAAACAAUACAGUCUAAGCUGCCUGACCACAACAACCAAGACCCAAAGAGAGACGCCACACUUUGGGAGAAACCAAACUCUAUAUCUGGGAGAAACAGAGGCAGAUGGAACGCCAGGUUAGAGAGGACGGGGGGAACAGCGGCCAGCGCACAGAGGAAAGGGAACAGCCAUCGAGGAGGAAAGCCCAGCAUCAGGAAGAAGACUCCCCAGGAGCGGGGGAUGACAGCAGCUGGAUUAGAUGGCGUAGUCCCUCAUGAUCUGUCAAGCAGCCGCAACUUCAGCGAGAGCCGCGGUGGCGUAGAAGGAGCAGCUAAAUUACCAGCUGCUGCCAUACCGGGGGAGCCAGGCAGCGUGGAUGGCGCGCACCAAGCCCCUAAUAGUGACUUUAUGCCUAAAUGUGAUAUUACAGGCAAGGAUGCGCUGUCUGCUCUUCAUCGUGCUGGGUCACAGCAGUGCAGACAGGAGAUCGCCAACAUUGUGUGCCAGCAUCAGGCCGGGCAACUUAUGCCAGAUGUUCUCCCUCAGUUCUGUCCUCAACUUGGUGUAUCGCAGCCAGUUCAAACUACUAGUGAACUGGACUUAAGCCUGUCCAAGGUGGAGAACCCCGUCAGGGUAGCUUUCGUCCUGAUGGUCCAUGGACGUGCUGUGCGACAGCUCAAGCGUCUCAUCAAAGCUAUAUACCACAGAGACCACUAUUACUACAUCCAUGUGGACAAGCGGUCUGGCUACAUGCAUCGGGAGAUUCUGCAGAUAGCUCAGCAGUUCCCAAAUGUACGAGUCACGCCGUGGAGGAUGGUGACCAUCUGGGGAGGAGCCAGCCUUCUGAAGGCCUACCUACGCAGCAUGCAGGACCUGCUGGCCAUCCCGGAAUGGAAGUGGGAUUUUUUCAUCAAUCUUAGUGCAACAGACUUCCCGACAAGGACCAAUGAUGAACUGGUGGCUUUCCUGUCGCUCUACAGGGACAAGAACUUCCUCAAGUCUCAUGGGAGAGAGAACACAAGGUUUAUUAAGAAGCAGGGCCUUGACCGUCUCUUCCAUGAAUGUGACAACCACAUGUGGCGCCUCGGUGAACGCAGCAUCCCAGAAGGUCUGGAGGUCUCAGGUGGCUCCGACUGGUUCGCCCUUACCCGUAUCUUUGUGGAGUAUGUCAUCAACUCCCAGGAUGAGCUAGUUUUAGGGCUGAAGCAGUUCUAUACCUACGCACUGCUCCCUGCUGAGUCUUUCUUCCACACAGUUCUUGGCAACAGUCAUAUGUGUGACACCUUGGUGGACAACAAUCUGCGUGUCACCAACUGGAAUCGUAAGCUGGGCUGUAAAUGCCAGUAUAAACACAUUGUUGACUGGUGCGGCUGCUCUCCCAAUGAUUUCAAACCACAGGACCUCAUUCGGAUUCAGCAACUGUCCCGUCCAACGUUCUUUGCCCGGAAGUUUGAGUCAACUGUGAACCAGGAAGCUAUAGACAUCCUGGAUACCCACCUGUAUGGCCAGUACGCUCCUGGAACUGCAGCCAUCAAAGCAUACUGGGAGAGCAUUUUUGAGCAGUUGGAUGGUGUGGGCUCCCUCAGCGAUGUGGCUCUCACUGCCUACAGUUCUUUCUUUCGUUUGGGCCUGAGGAGUCUGGUGACUUCUCAGAGCAAUGUGGGGGCCUGCAGGUUUGAACCGGUAGGAUAUCCUCUUUCUGUGCAUUUGUACUUUUAUGACGACCGCUUCCAAGGGUACUUGGUUCGUCAGGAAGUCCAGGCUGCGGGGUCAAAGGACAGAGAGACACUAGCGGUGUGGGCUGUGCCGCAAGCCACACUUGUCUUUGAAACAAAUCUUCGAGAAUUUGAGAGGCUCAAGAACCUGGAAAUUGGAACAGAGUGGGAUCCCAAAGAAAGGAUUUUCAGAAAUUUUGGUGGAGUGAUCGGUCCUUUAGAUGAACCUCUGGCGGUCCAGAAGUGGGCACGUGGUCCCAAUCUAACAGCCACUAUUGUCUGGAUCGACCCUGCUCUGGUGGUGGCAGCAUCUUAUGACAUUACUGUGGAUGUGGAUGCAGAGUACACACAGUACAAACCACCUCUGCAGCACCCCCUGCGGCCCGGCACAUGGACAGUACGAGUGCUAAAACAAUGGGAACGCAUGGCGGAAGUGCACUUCCUCGUCAUGCCAUUAACCUUUAAUAAUAAGGAGCCACUACGUAAAGAAGAGGACAGCUGGCUCCAUUCAGGACCUCCAGGUAACUUGUACCUAGAUCAGAGCUUCCAGCAGCUGAGCUCAGUACUGAAGCUGCCUCCCCAGGAGCCUGCCAUGCAGGUGGCUCAGCACAAUGCUCAUUUGGUGGGCCAGUCCCUUGAAGCAUGGGUGGACGGUAUCAUGGGGACUUUCUGGAUUAUAGGUGAACUGUGUGCCACCCAGACUUCCUCCUGCCCAGCUUUGGAACCUUGCUCCAAGACUGCCUGGAGCUCCCUAUCCCCAGACCCAAAGUCUGAACUGGGCCCAGUCAAAAGUGAUGGGCGGAUCAGGUAGCCCAUAGAGAAGAGAAACAGCAGACUUUUACAUAUGCACAAGACGACUGCAGGGCAGUUGAACCUACAUCAGAGACUUGGAGGAAAAUAUGUGUGAGCUUAAAUAUUGUCUCUGAGGCUAAGAAAGAGCUCAAAGGCACAUACAUACUUAUGUUCCUGUACUGAGGAGCUGCAACAUUCUCGUGAAAUGUUGACACAGACUUGCGAGACAAGGGUAUGACUGCUGAAAAUUUGCACAUAGAAGACUGCAAGCGCUAAAACUUGUAUCAUGUUUUUUUAAUGGAUAUAUACAUGAAUGCCAGCUGUAUCGUGUUUUCAGCUGGCACACAGGUUUUCAGUCUCUCGGCUGUCUGGUAGUAGUUGGUUAUAAAUCGUCUGCGCACAUUUUGCUCAAACACUUUUCAGUUUUACUCUACUUGGAAAGAAAUAGGAAGGAGUUGUUAAACCCUACAGACUCCAUGCUUUGCUCUGUCUUCAUUUCAAGGGAGAGUGGAACCUGAGUGUUUUUUGUGCUUAUUUUGAAGCAUUAUUAUGUAAACAAAAGGAACAGACAGAUGAAGUGCACUUUACUAUAAGAUUAUGUUAGAGAUCACUCGGUUACAGUAUGGAGAGUAGAAGUUGGUCGGUUUCUGCAUUAUAUCUUUAUUUUUCAAACACCAGAAGGCACGGACACCUCCUAUUUCACCGACACAUCACUUAAAACUUGGACUGUGGGUUUCUUAAGGAGUUGUCUUUUUAAUUCUGUUUCAUGUGGCAUCAUUUUUGAACAAGCAAUUUUUUAAAGCAUUUGUUUUGUCCUUUAGUUUUCCUAAAAUAGUCCUUCCAUUGUAGCAAAAAAUGUCUCCUGAGUUAUUUUCUGGUCAAAGGAAGUGCCUAGAUUGCAUAUAUAAAUGAUGCAGACAGAAAAUUCAAGGUUUCAACUGAAAAAUGAGCAUCACAACAAAUAUGUGACCUGCUGAAAAGCUUCAGAACAAAUGAGUCAAAGUUUGAGUUUCCAUUGUUUUUAACAUUUUGGUUAUUUAUUUGAGACAAUUGUGCAAAUUAAAGAAAAAGUAGGUAACGCUUUAAAGUGAUUCAGUUAUUUUAUAGCGAGUUGGAUAAGAAGAUUGGCAUAACGCCUGUUUGUAAGUUAGCUUAGCUUAUCACUUUACCACUGUCGUGGCAGGAAAUGUAAAGAAACUGGUAAAAAGUCAGCAAAAUCCACCCAGCUCAUCUACAACGUAAUUGUUUGGGUAACUUUGCAAAACAUAAAAUGAAUCAAGAGAACAAAUUGUCUUAAAUAAGGCGUUUUAAAAUCUUAUUUAAGUAAAUCUAAUGGUUUUAUUGUGAUUGUGGUUGAAACCACAUUUUACAUUUUAAACUCAGCCAAUCUUCCUGUUCUUCUGUGUUCCCUCAAAGCUGAGCUAAUAGCAGUUGGGGGAGUAGCUUCAUUACUGUACAUAGUGUCAGUCUUCUUUUGGCGAGACAACAAAUGUAUAAAUUUCACUAAAUGUCAAAAAUGUCUUUUAAAUGCAAUGCAUUUAAAUUGCAGACCGUUGUACCUCCUGCGUAUCUCUGUUUUAUGCAGUAUAUUGUCACAACUGUUUGCCUCUUAGGUUGGUUAUUGCUCAUAUUUAAGUUCUUAAGGUGCAUUUCAUGUAAACUUUUUUUUAAAGUCCACCAACCAAAAAUAAUGGUGAAUAGUACACUGUAUGUUUUUGUGUAAUCAGGAGACUCUAAGCUGCCUUUGUGUUAAACAUGAGUUGUUUACUACGGGAUAUUUGCUUGCAGAAUUUAGCUUGUAAGACCCCCAUGUUUUUGUAUUAAAUUGGAUUCUUACUUAGUUUCUUGCAAACGUAUGUGUUCUUAAAUGAUAAUUGGCCACCAUGUGAGUUCAAGUGACCUUGUUUAUCUCACACAGUACAAUUGCUUCAAUGAAGCCCCAGUUUGUUUGUUUUUUUUUAGAUAAGAGAGCAGAAUAAUGGAUGCAGACCAAUGUUAUUUUUUGUAUCCUGAUUGAAAUUGUUCAUCUCUUUUCACUCUUAACUGUUAGGACUGCUCUGUGUGUGUGUUACAAAUGAUACUCCACAUGUUCAGUAUCACUGGAAGCAGUUCUGUGUUUUUAGUUUUUUUUUGUGGGGUGGUUGGCAGUUUCUGCCCAAGCUGCUGUGAUGGGCAGCUACAGUCUGGCUGGCAAGGCAUCAUCGACUCUGUGGGUUUUAUCUGAGUCAGGAACUUGGGCCUGUCGCUGUAUGCCUCUGGAAAAGCUCACACAAGAGACAUCCUGACUGGCAACUCAAUAAAUACUCUGAUUGAAAAUUU